AAAGCCACACGAAGAAGAAAGAUUUGUCAGUUUUUCUUUGACUUUUCUCUGGUGUUAUGCAGUUGACGACAGUGUGAAGUUCCCGGGGUGUUUUUAUUACGAGCGGAACGGAAAUCCAGACUGCCCUGUACGACACCGUCGGCGGCCUUUACGACCGGACCGGAGUCCUGAGGAAUGAGGACGUGUCCAGGGCUGAGUAGAGUGGCUAGUUAGGACACACAUUCCUCUGGAUAUUGAACUGUACUAGCUAUGUCUUCUGGGAUGACUGGACAGACACCGUGCCUAACCAAUAGCAGCAGAUGGGAUCAGCCUGCUCAGCCCAAAACGAGGGUAGACGUCAUGCAAGGCUUCGCUUCCUCUGCCCAGACUUGCACAUCGGCCACUACGACCCCUCAAUCAGCCCAGCACCCUGUAGCUGGCCCAAUGGUGCCCCAGACACUGCAGGGGGAGAUGCCAGCAGCACAGGGGGGAGGUGUGGAGAUGGCUGCUGCAAUGGCUGCUAAGAUCAAUGCUAUGCUGAUGGCCAAGGGGAAACUGAUGGUUCCUCCACCACUACCUGGCAAGAUCCCUCUGUGUAUGUCGGCUGCCACUAGUGGAGACGAGACUGUGGUGACGGAGGUGGAUAUCAACGAUGUGCCCAUCAACAGCAGAAACCUGCUCACCAAAGGGAAAACACAGGAAGAGAUCCGUCAGUUCAGCGGUGCAGUCGUCUCAACCAGAGGCCACUACAUGACCAGUGCAGAGAAGUCCCAUGGAAAGGGAGUAGAAAGGCCUUUGUAUUUACACGUCCAGGGGAAGAGCCAAGAGGAGGUCAAUAAGGCAGUGCUGAGGAUAAAGGAGAUCAUCUCUGAGGAUGUGUUGAGGACAGCUGCAGCGUUAGGAUCCCAGCUGAGACCCGUCAUACCCCCCCUGCCUCUCUACCCCCAGCCCCCUCGCCCCAUGACUGCCCCACAUCCACACCUACCCAGGAUGCCUAGUGUCAACCCUCCUGUGCCACAUGGACACCGGCCUGCCGCGCCACACCAAGGGAGUUUUGUGCACGUCAAGAUUUUUGUGGGUCUGGACCAGUCCCUGCCCUCGUUCAAUGUGAACGAGAAGGUGGAGGGUCCUGCAGGGAUGUACCUGGGACACAUCCAGACAGAGACGGGAGCCAGAGUGUUCCUCAGGGGGAAAGGCUCGGGGUACAUAGAGCAGGCCUCGCGACGGGAGUCCUUCGAACCACUCUACGUCUACAUCAGCCAUCCCUACUCCACGGGGCUGGAAGCUGCCAAGAAACUCACAGAGAGCCUGUUGGAAACUGUGAGAGCUGAACACAGCCGCAUGGUGUCCAUCUACACAGCCACCGGCUCCACCCAACCAUACCCAGCUCAUGGAUACCCAGCUAAUAGCUCUUACUCUAGCCAGGGCUGGUACAGCAGUGGUUACCCAGGGUGUAACGGGCUGUCUGGGGGCUAUGCUGCCUCUACCAGCUACCCCACACCGCCAGGACCCUCUGGCUAUUGGACUAGUGCUGCUAGUGGUCAGCCCAGUCAAUCUAACCUGUCGACAAACCCUCCAUCUUCUCAGGCUAUGGUUCAGUAUCCUGUCUGUCCCAGGAAGACACACCCAUACCUAUUACAGGACCCUGGGUGCAGUGACCCAACUGACCAGACGGAGACUGACCAGACGGAGACAGACCUGUCGUCAUCCAGCUCCCCUCAGACAGGGACAGGAAGUCCUAAACGGCGCUUUCAGGAAAAGACUGAGGAUGAGCGGGCCUCUCAGCCUGCCAGCCGCUCACCUGAGGCCCCGGUGAGAGAGAAGUCUCCUCCUCUACCUCCAGCUCAGAGAGAGGAAGAGUCGGGACAAGGAGCUGAAAGGAUGUUGAUGCCACCUCCUCUCCCUGUGUUUCUGGCCCCUGGCCCUGUGGCACGAAAGAGACCCAGGGAGACAGCCGUACCAGAGGUCGCACCCAGUCUACCACCCAGAACCCUCGGCCCUGUGGCACACAAGAGACCCAGGGAGACAGCCGUACCAGAGGUCCCACCCAGUCUACCGCCCAACACCCUCGGCCCUGUGGCACACAAGAGACCCAGGGAGACGGCAGUACCAGAGGUCCCACCCAGUCUACCACCUAGCGCCCCUGCAUCACAGGAUUGUCCUCAGGAGGUGAAGAAGACGAAGGUAGUGGAGAAGCCUUCAUGCCUAGUACCCUACGGUGGGGACUCUUCUGAUGAGGGAGAGGACUCCUAGCAGUAAGACUCUAACUCAUACGCCCACUACCCUUCACUAAUCCCAUCAGCCCCACCCUACAGUGUCCUCAUUCCACUUAGAUGCUGGGUUGCAGUGUUCAGCCCAAGUCUAGCUUUGCUCUGCUAUUACCGUCAUCGACUACUGGACAUUGGACAGAGCGUCACAUUGCUACGGCCCUGCCCCC